UUGGUUGCAUCCCUUUUUUAGGAAAAGGGGGACCGGAUUGCCUAAAUUCGUUUGAGUGAGGUCCGUAGGUGUUCUCAGUGGACCUGUCUGCAGGUUUGGUUAUUGCGCAGCUGCAACAUUGUUGCACACCGCUGCUGAAGAGAGGAAACACGGUUGAUUUGGGUCGGCACGAGCAGUGGAAGUGGCUACACAGCCGCUUGCUCGUUGUGGUGUCACGGGCCUGUUUAGAAACAACUGGGAACCUCCAGCUUCAUCCCUGACUGAUGGACGUCUUCAGCUUCAUGUGCGCUGCGCUUCUGUGCACUGUUGUGGUGCACGGUAAGCCAACGUUAAGGAAAGACAGAGUUCUUCACGACACAGAAUUGGGCAGGCCAGCCCUCGAAGAAAACAAAAGCUUCCAAUACGACCAUGAGGCCUUUCUUGGCAAAGAGGAGGCCAGGACAUUUGACCAGCUCACUCCCGAUGAGAGCAAGGACAGGCUUGGUAAAAUAGUGGACAGGAUAGACAAUGACGCGGAUGGCUACAUCACCACAGCUGAACUCAAGGCUUGGAUAAAACGUGUCCAGAAGCGUUACGUUUAUGAGAAUGUGGCAAAGGUGUGGACGGACUAUGAUCUCAACAAAGACAACAAGAUAUCGUGGGAUGAGUACAAGCAAGCCACGUACGGAUACUACCUUGCCAACCCGGAGGAGUUUGAGGAAGCAACAGACCAGUUUAGCUUCAAGAAGAUGCUCCCUCGUGAUGAGAGGAGGUUUAAAAGAGCUGAUCUGGAUGGGGACCUGGCAGCAGACCGAGAAGAGUUCACAUCCUUCCUCCACCCUGAGGAGUUUGAACACAUGAGGGAUACUGUGGUUCUGGAAACCCUGGAGGACAUUGACAAGAAUGGAGACGGACACGUGGAUGAAGAUGAGUAUAUUGCCGACAUGUUUGCCCAUGAGGACGGGGGUCCGGAGCCGGACUGGAUCAAGACCGAGAGGGAACAGUUUUCGGACUUCCGAGACUUGAACAAAGAUGGCAAGAUGGACCAGGACGAAAUCCGCCACUGGAUUAUGCCACAAGACUACGACCAUGCCCAGGCUGAGGCCAGACAUCUGGUGUACGAGUCUGACCAGGACAAGGACCAGAUGCUGACCAAAGAGGAGAUCCUUGAAAACUGGAACAUGUUUGUGGGAAGCCAGGCCACAAACUACGGAGAGGACCUCACCAAGAACCACGAUGAGCUCUGAGCACUCGGUGCCGUUUCUGACGUGUGUGUGAGGAGGGUUGGUGAUCAUCUUUGUCUUCAAAGACCAAAUCAGACUUGUGCAUCACCUCCCAUCUCCGCGACCACCACUCCAUCCUUUCCUCGUAGUAGUGGGACAGACGUCAGAGUGUUGGAUCGUAAGUUAACACUGUAGAUGCCAAACAAGAGGAGAGGUAAGGGUUGGUCGUACCACUAACACUAUGGGUCCGUCUCGGUUCCGUUUCUGACAUUCAGGAGCAAAGCCAGACACGGUGGACUUACUCUUUAUCGACGGUGCCUUCCAGCCGCAUCGCCGGCUUCACUGCCUCAGAGAUCCGUGUAGAUAGUCUUUAAUAAAUCCGUCGAAGCUCAAUGCAGAGCUUUAGGUGAAUUGUAAUAUACAAGAACAGUUAAUGUGAAACUACAGCGCAAAACAUUUAUUCUGAUUUUAUUUAUUUAUCAAAUCUCUUCUGUACCUCAAGUUUGAGAGGAAUACAGUGAUUGUUUUUAUUCACAAAUUAUGUUUCUUUGUUUACAGUUUCUUGGCCACGUGGUUUUAAAGAUUUGUUGUUUUUGGAUAAGUUAAGUGCUAAGAAAUGUUUAUUAACUGACAAUUAAUGGCAUGGUUUUUGCACGUGUUUGGAUUACGUGUAGCCUGUGAAAUAUUUUAUUUUUUUCAUACUUAGUUUGAAAUGUAUUUAUUGGUAUACUUAGGCCAACAGUAUGCUCCAUGUUAAAUUUCAUUUUCACAUUUGAGCUUCUUCCUUUUACAACUGUCUAUUUUAUUUAAGGUUGUUUUUUCAGUACUGUGUUGGUUUGAAUACCAAAACUCCACCUGUUACAUCACUCAAGAUGUCAUCUUUUUGUAUUAGAUGUACCAAAUGUAUUUACAUGCAUUUGGCAUUGUACAUACAGUAUAAACAUGAUGUUUUGUAACAUCAGAAAGUCCUCUUUUGUUUUUAAAUUAAAUGUUCUAUAUUUCUUAAUGGGUACUUUGUAUGGCAGGUGCAUAGAACUAUGCAACUCAUGAAAAGAUCCAGAAAUUUGGUAAUUUUAGUCAAAUUAAUGUCACUCAACCUUUGUUCUCCUUUUCAUCUUUUUCUGUUGUGCUUUGUUGUCCCAAACCUCAUUGCCUUCAUAGUCCUCAACACACAUGGGCACAAACACAUCAAUAUGUCUCCUUUUCCACACUGCACAUGCUCAUGAAUUGUGUCAAGAUAAAUAAAAGUAUUUUGUGUUGAGCUGCAAAGCAUAA